AUGUCAAACGUGGGGUCAUCUCGUGAUACGACGCCAGUCUCGUUGUCAAGUUUGAUUUCGACUCUGGUGCCGACUGCGGUUCUAGCUGCCGUUUACCUGGUCAUCUUCUUGAUUUUGCGUCGAAGCAACCGACGUUGGUAUGCGCCGCGUACUUAUAUAGGAAGCUUGCGUGAAAGUGAGCGAACUCCUCACCUCAGCUCGGGCUGGUUCAAUUGGAUAGGCGAAUUUUGGAAAAUACCGGAUCGAUAUGCUCUGCAACACCAGUCCCUCGAUUCUUACCUUUUCUUGCGCUUCCUGCGCAUCAUCACGGUCAUUGCCUUCUUCGGCUGCUGCUUUCUCUGGCCUAUCCUCUUCCCGGUCAACGCAACCGGCGGCGGCGGCCAGUCAGAGCUGGACAUCCUGUCAUACUCGAACGUCUCGUCUGACCAGAAGAAUCGCUUCUAUGCUCACGCCUUCUGUGCCUGGGUGUACUAUGGCUUCGUCAUGUACAUGAUCUUGAGAGAAUCUAUUUUCUACAUCAACCUGCGCCAGGCAUUCCUGCUGUCGCCUUACUACGCCAAUCGUAUCUCCUCCCGAACCGUACUCUUCACCUCUGUUCCCGAGGCCUAUCUGGACGAAGCGAUCUUGCGCAAGGUUUUUGGAGAUGCUGUCAAGCACAUCUGGAUCACUGGCGACACGGAAGAAGUUGAUGAACUUGUUAAGGAACGCAACAAGAUUGCCAUGAAGCUCGAGAAGGCUGAAGUCAAGUUGAUCAAGACGGCAAAUGGUGAACGCCUCAAGGCUAUCAAGAAGGGUGGAUCCCACGAGAGUGCUGAGACAGCCGCUGCUGAUGCAGAGUCAGGCAGCCUGGCGGCUCGAUGGAUUCCUGCAAAGAAGCGACCCUCUCACCGUCUGGGCUUCCUGGGUCUGGUUGGCAAAAAGGUUGACACCAUCAACUGGUGCCGAACUGAGCUGGAGAGACUCAUCCCUGAGGUGGACCGCGCUCAGAAGACUUUCAAGUCCGGCACUUACAAGAAGAUACCUGGUGUUUUCAUUGAAUUCCACCUCCAGUCUCAGGCCGAAGAUGCCAACCAAGUGCUCGCUCACCACCAAGCCCUGCAAAUGUCGCCCAAGUACAUUGGCAUCACGCCCGGUGAGGUCGUCUGGAAGGCCUUGAAGGUGUCCUGGUGGCAGCGUGUCGUUCGUCGUUUUGCAGUCCUGGGCUUCAUCUCUGCACUCAUCAUCUUCUGGGCCAUUCCUGUUGCCAUUGUUGGUGUCAUCUCCAACAUAAACUACUUGAUGGAAAAGUUUACCUGGCUCCAUUGGCUCAAUGCAAUCCCAGAACAAAUCAUGGGCGUUAUCACCGGUUUGUUGCCAUCCGUGGCGCUCUCGAUUCUCAUGUCUUUGGUACCGGUUAUUAUGAGAUUGUGUGCUAAGCUUUCGGGCGAGCCCUCGCUGUCCCGCGUCGAGCUCUUUACACAGAAUGCAUACUUUGCCUUCCAGGUUAUCCAGGUCUUCCUGAUCACGACAAUGACCUCUGCGGCUUCUGCUGUUGGUGUCAAGAUUGUCGAGGAUCCCUCGAAAGUCACCAGCCUGCUCUCUGAGAACCUGCCCAAGGCCUCCAAUUUCUACAUCAACUAUUUCCUGGUCCAAGGUCUCACCAUCGGCACGUCAGUCAUGACUCAGGUUGUGGGUUUCUUCAUCUUCACUCUCCUCUACAAGUUCUUGACCGGAACUCCCCGUGCAAUGUUUGUGAAGUGGGCCAACCUCAGUGCCAUCUCAUGGGGAAGUGUCUUGCCUGUCUACACCAACAUUGCCGUCAUCAUGAUCACUUAUGCGGCGAUUGCUCCUUUGGUUCUGGGCUUCGCCACUAUCAGUCUUGGACUAUUCUACUUGGCUUGGCGCUACAACGUCCUGUUUGUCACAGAUACCAGGAUUGACACACGUGGAUUGAUCUACCCCCGCGCCCUCAAGCAACUCUUUGUUGGAGUCUACAUUGCAGAGAUUUGCAUGAUCGGUUUAUUCGCUGCUUCCGUCGUCAUCGGUCCAAUGGUCAUCAUGAUCAUCUUCCUCAUCUUCACAGUUCUUUUCCACAUAACCAUCAACAGUGCCCUCAACCCACUUUUGUACAAUUUGCCGCGUACGCUCGAAGUUGAGGAGAAGUCUUUCCGAAUGGAGCUUGGUGCUGUCAACAGUGAUCUUAAGAACGGCAAUGGCACAACUGAAAAGGGUACCCCUGUGGCGGCUGAGAAGAAACCUAGUAUCGUGAACAAGUUCUUGAAGCCUUGGGUUCACCAGGACUUUGCCACGAUGAGGAAGCUUGUUCCCGAGGACCGAGUCGAUUACGACAAUCUCUACACGGAUGAGGUCGAGCUGGACGCAUACUACCCUCCCUCCGUGGUCAGCCCUACUCCACUGUUGUGGAUUCCUGAAGACCCUGCUGGCAUUUCCAAGCAGGAGGUUCGGGACACUAGCCGGGUCAUCCCCAUCACAGACGAAGGCUGUACUCUCAAUGACAAGAACAAGUUGGAAUGGGAUUCCGAGGGUGCUCGACCUCCAUUGUGGGAGGAAAAGGUCUAUUACUAA